AGAAUUUCAAUUUCUGGCUUUACUUAAUCGAAAAGUUAGAUCAGUAAAAAAAAAAAAAUACAGUGAGAAAAGUGUUUCUGAUUUCUGAAAGACCUUUUCAUAUUCAACGAACCUUAAACUGGAGAGAAUGUUAAAAAGAUUCAAAAGAGACAUGAGAUCACGAGACCGAGAACAUAUAUUUGUCUUCUUCUUCUCUGCCUCUGGUUCAUCUGUACGAGCCAGAAAUUGGGUUUAGCGACCACCCAUAAACGCUAAAGAUAGAUAAACGCGAGACUAUCUGCAUCAGAGACACUAAUAAGAGAGAGAGAGAGAGAGAGAGAGAGAGAGAAAGCGUUCUUUUAUUGUCUUUUCUUUCUUCAUCUCGGUAGUCGGUACGGCCUCAUCUUAUCUUUCACCGUAGAAGUAGAAAAAAUAGAAAAUGCAAAACUCCGAAGAAUCGCGUCUUGCUGGAAAAAUGGAUUCCGACUCCGAUGACGACGCUCGCUUUGAAAAAUCUAUGCAGGAACUGAGGGAUUUGCGCUCUCAGCUUCACUACGCUGCCGAUUACUGCGAAAAGGCGUUCCUGAAUGCGAAACAGAGGAAAAAGGUGAUUGAGAACACAAAGGAGUACAUAUGCAAGGCCGUGGUUACUGUUGUUGAUCAUCUUGGAAGUAUCUCCACAAAUCUUGAAUGUCAGAUUUCUAAGAACAAUGAGGUUCCAGAAUCAGAGCUUCGGAUUGACUGUUUGAAACAGAGGCUUUUAGUUUGCGAUCAAUACACUCACAAGCUGGCUCUUACUGAAGUACGCUGGAGUAAAAAUCUCCCAGUGCAUCACCCGCGUUACAUUGCACCACCAACUCCAACUCUUGAUAAAACAAACAGUGAGCUCAGGUACAAGCGUGGCACAGUGGAAGAAGUGCCACUUUUCUUAUACACAUAUGCACAUAAGCUGCCAGUAGAUAAGGAUUUUACAUCUAGUAAUGGUGAUAAGAAGCAUGGAUAUAAAUUCUCCAAAUUAUUGCCUGUUCGUGAUGACUCAUCCAUGCCAGUUAAAAUUCGAAAUCUCUCUUUUCAUUUCCAGGAAUGUAGGAUGAAGAUUGUUGUAGUGACAUGGACAGUUUACCUUGGAUGUAGGCUCUUCUGAAAUCCAGAGGAAUAAACAGGAUGACCAUAAGAUUGGACGCAAUGAGAAAACCAGGAAACUAGUGCAAAGUAAUGACAUCAAGUCACUUAUUAGGCGGAGUAAACAUACUG